CACAGCCACAGGUAAUACGCAAAACCAGAGCAAAGAAAUCAAUGGAGAAACAAAGAGAAAGGGUCCGGCAACAACGGAUGGUGAUAGUGGUAUCUCCAUUUCAUGGCCACAUAAGUCCCAUGAUCCACCUAGCCACCUUCCUUCACUCAAAAGGCUUCUCAAUCACAAUAGUCCACCCACACUUCAACUCACCAGACCCUUUGAGCCACCCAGAAUUCACCUUUCUUGCAAUUCAAGAUAAGCUGUCAGAGUCCGGCAUCUCAAAUUGGGAUUUGGAGGGCAUCGCCUUGACUCUCAAUAGGAAUUGUGCAGCACCAUUGCUAAACUCUGUAGAACAGAUGUUGCUCCAGAAUCCGGAUGAGAAUAUUGUAGGUAUUAUAUAUGAUACCGCUGUGUUUUUUGCCCAAUCCGUGGCUGAUCAUCUGAAAGUCACCGGAAUCGCAGUUCGCACCAGCGCAGCUGCCAGAAUUUUAGCCUUUCCUGUCUUUCCUAGUCCACAUGGAGAAGGUUACAUCUCCUCACAAGAUUAUAUUUCUGAUGAUGGACCGCAAGAUCCUCAAUCCGUUUCGACCAAGCAACUUCUUGCAUCUUUACCUGCAAAUCCCAACAAUUCCACAGAGUCAGGGAUCGCAUUAAUAAGGGCAAUAAAGAAAGCGUCUGCCAUUAUUGUGAACACAAUGGACUUCCUCGAACAGGAAGCACUAGCAGUUCUGCUUCACGACUCAAGGAAGAUUCUAGCUGCAUUUCUUGGCUUAAUAAACAAGCCCCAAAAUCUGUGGUCUACGUAAGUUUUGGCAGCCUGGCUGCAAUGGA